AUGUUGCGCGUAACGCUUCUGCGCCAUCAUCAGCCCCUCAUCCGUUUCAUACACGCCAUUCGGAAAGGUGGCGGUCUCGGGGCAAACGGCAAAGGCAGUAGCAGCGUCGGUGGUGGAGCGACGUCGAAAGCCGUUCUGGAUUCAUUCGACGCGCUACCAAAGAAGUUUCAACCGCGUCUGUUUACCGAAGAAGAGAUGGAGCUGAUCAUGAUGGGUGGGGCGGCGCCAUAUGUUCCGAAGUCCCUGCAGCGGAAGAAAAAGUAG